UCAUCUAUUACGUUGAGUAUUUUUCUGACACAUAAAUACAUGUUCACCUUUUAUUGUUACAGAAAACAUAAAAAUGCGUAAAAGACAUCACUUUUUGUUAUGGCUCCUCUUUGUUGCCUCAAUAGAAAUUACUUUUGGAAUAACUAACAAUCAUACAAAACCCAAUGAUGAUAAUAAGAAGCCUAACAAUAUAAAAAAUAAAACUAGUGUCUCGCGCAAUAAAAGGGCACUUAAUAACAACGAUAACGAAAAUCCUUUCUGGCCCACUAGAGGAAAAAAGGCUUUACUUUCAAAUCCAAACUCCCUAUAUAUCGACGAAUUUGGCGGUGGCGAAAAGAGUCCAACAAAUACAAAGAUUGAUAAUGAUCCUCCGUUCUGGGGAAUGCGAGGAAGACGUAGUAGUGAAAGCAUCGAAAAUGAUUACCCUACAGUUCCUGCCAUAAGUAAUCACUUUGGAAUUAUUUGUAAACAUUGCUAUACGUCUGCUCAUAAACUUAACGAAGUUGAUACUGAUUAUUCCAAGGAAAAUGAAUCAGAUUAUGAAAAUCAAAACUCUGAUGAAAUUGAAGAAAAUAAUUACCUAUCAUCAGCGUCAUUGUCGAAAACUAGAAGACAAGAAAAUGAUCCUUUCUGGGGAGCAAGAGGGCGUCGGCAAGAAGAUAAACCGUAUUGGAGUCAUAAAAUGAAGAGUGAGGAUAUACCUUUUUGGGGACAACGAGGCAGGCGCUUUGAUCAAGAUGAACCUUUCUGGAGCAGCCGCGGAAGACGAGAUACUGAAGUUAAUGAAGAGCCGUUCUGGGGCAACCGGGGCAGAAGACAAGAAAAUGAACCAUUUUGGGGCAACAGAGGAAGAAGACAGGAGAAUGAUCCUUUCUGGGGAACUCGUGGGAGGCGCAGAUAUUUCGAGCCAUUUCAUGGAAAACAAAAGCAACAGUUAAAGAAAAUUCUAAAAGAAGCGAUUAACACAAUGGAAGAAAACAUAGAACAUCUUGCCAGGUUUAAAAAAGACGACAAAUUAUUUCCAAGUUCCUACUGGUUUAACCGAGGUAGGAACAGUCAAUUAAGAGGCUUAUUUAAAGGAGGAAGAAACAAAAAUCACGAUACUAAUAUGGACUCUGAAAUUGAAUUUCAUCCCACGCUUUCGGAAUCUAGCACAGUUUUAAACGAAAGGAUGUAUGCUGACCAACCUCGUUACAUAGUAGUCGAACGGAGUAGCCGAUCUUCGGCAGAAGAUGACCCUUACUUUAUUUCUCGUGGGAAAAAAAAAAUUAUCAAUUUCAAAUUUAUCAAAGCUGCUCGCGAUAGACGUGGCGCAAUCGAGGAGAUAGUAAAAUCGGUACGCAAUGACCCUUAUUACAUAGCCAGAGGCAAAAAAGACGCGGAUUUAAAGGUUGGAAAUUCGACGGUUUUGCGAGAAGGGCUUGACAAAGCUAAGGAACUUAUCUGUGCGGUCGUCGACUUGAUUAUGAUUAAAAAAGAGGCAACUAAGACGAAGAGAGAUAUCAAUGACAACGAGCGAGAUAGGAGGACGAUAUUAAAAAAACUCGCUGCCCAACUCCAAAAUGAUCCAUACUUUGUUAGCAGAGGCAAGAAAAGCGACGGAACAGUCGUCCAUGAAGCUAAUUUAGAAGAAUUUGUUAUUGAAGUUGGUGAAAAAUGUAAUAAUUGAAUUCACUAUUAUC